AUGGAAGGCAAACAACAAAAAGAGAUCGUUUCCCGCUCCAAAAGGGCCGAACUUCAGUUUCCGGUUGGUCGUGUUGACCGUUUCCUGAGAGAGGGGAACUACUCCCGGCGCCUGAGCUCCUCUGCACCGGUGUUCCUAGCUGCUGUUCUUGAGUCCGUGACCUCCAACCUCCUUGAACUGGCUGGCGAGGAAGCCCAUAUCAACGGCAAGAAGCGCAUAGCUCCAGAACACGUGAUCAGAGUUGUAAAGAAAAAAAGAGGGCUUCGUAGACUCUUCAAAACCUUUUUUGAGACACUAGAAUCUGAUGCCAACUGA